ACCCGGAAAACCUCUUGCGCUGUGGAGGCACGCUUGCAUCCUGGGGUAUGCUUCUGCGAUCGCCAGAGUCGGGGUCUCUUCCCUGAUGGCUCGAGCUGCGGAGAGCAAGAAGAUGAAGACUAAGGCCACCGCGCCAGUGCCCCAACCUGGGCCUAUCAAGAAGCCCCCUAAGAAGAAAGCCAAGAAGUUCAGAAAGCGCAAAGCGCUGGGAGGAAAUGGAACUCCGGGAAGCGGCCCAGCUGCUGUCGCAGGCCGACCGCCAAAGGCCCCAGAAAACUUUUCUCAAAAUUGGAAGGCGCUGCAAGAGCUGCUGAAACAAAAGUCACAGGCCCCAGAAAAACCUCUUGUCUCUCAGAUGGAUGACAAAAUCACCCAGCAGAACAGAAAAAGGACCUCAGAUAAAUCAAAGGGAGACAAGAAGACAGAAAAAGACAGGACCACUGGGGGCUCUGUCACAUCUGCACCUAAGAAGGACAGGAAGACACUAGUGCCUCCCACCUACACCUCUGAAACAGAGCAGGAGAAAGGAGCAAGGAAGAGGACACAUAGUGACAUCCCUUCUCAUCAAGGGGAAACCAAGCAUAAGUUAGGAGCUAAGGAGGCAGCUGUCAUCUUGAGUCAGCCCACGCCCACUGAGAAUGACAUCUGGUUUGAUGAUGUGGAUCCAGAUGAUAUUGAGGCUGCCAUAGGCCCAGAGGCAGCCAUGCUGGUGCGGAAGAGGCUGGGGCAGAGCAAGCGUACCAUCUCCUUGGUGAAGGAACAGGCCUUUGGCGGCCUGACAAAAGCCUUGGCCCUGGAUUGUGAGAUGGUGGGAGUGGGUCCCAAAGGGGACGAGAGCAUCGCAGCCCGUGUGUCCAUCGUGAACCAGUAUGGAAAAUGUGUGUAUGACAAGUACAUCAAGCCAACUGAGCCAGUGACUGACUACAGGACGGCUGUCAGUGGGAUCCGGCCUGAGAACCUGAAGCAGGGAGAAGAGUUUGAAGUUGUGAAGAAGGAAGUGGCAGAAAUGUUGAAGGGCAGAAUCCUGGUGGGGCAUGCGCUACACAAUGAUUUAAAGGUUCUGUUUCUUGACCAUCCAAAAAAGAAAAUCAGGGAUACCCAAAAAUUCAAACCAUUCAGGAGGCGAGUAAAGAGUGGACGACCGUCUCUGAAACGACUUUCUGAGAAAAUUCUGGGGAUCAGGGUCCAGCAGGCAGAGCAUUGUUCAGUCCAGGAUGCACAGACAGCGAUGAGGCUUUACAUCAUGGUGAAGCGGGAAUGGGAGAGCAUUACUGCAGACCGACGAGGCCCAGCCGCCAAUCCACAGCACUGCAGCGAGUACGCUUAGCUCCAUCCUGCUGCCGUUGCCACCACCUCGUCCUUCAGUGACUCCUCAAGCCAGUGGCCGUCCGUGGGAUGGGGUUAUGAGGCCUGUCAAGUCUCUGCACAGCAGGGACUCUGUCUCUAGUGAGCUUUCUUGGAGCCCUGGCUGCAGGCCUGUGGCAUGUGAGCAGCUGGAACUUGCACCUGGACUACCAAGGCCUGGUCCCACACCUGUGUGU